AUGCCGCCACCGGGGUUCGAACCGGAGAUCUUCCUUGCUAGAUACAUCAUCGUCAUAUUGCUGUACGCCAUCUGUUUCUGGUCAUUCGAUAGUAAUUUUGUCUGCACUAAUCACGUGCAUGACUUUGGUGACUACUACUUCUUCGUCGUCCAAACUCUGUUCACGAUCGGCUACGGUGGAAAGGAGCCACUCUGUUUCGUCACCAAUGUUGGAGUUACUAUAAUAUCGAUUCUAGGCCUACUGCAGCAUACAGCUCUAACGGGGAUCGUCUUUGCCAAAUUCACAUUGGACAGCUCUCGCGACCUGGCCUGUGCUUUCUCGACUCGUCUUUUUGCCAUACCACCUUGUGAAGAUUCUUUUACUGCUCUUGGAGGAAUCGAUUCAACUCACUCGCAAUCGGCGGCCCACAGCGUUGCAGGGGACAGUGAACACGUCAGACUGUGCUUUAGAUUCGUCAAUGUUUUCCAUCGACACUUCUUCCACGUGUCGAUGCGUCUAUUCCUGAUAGAGCAUCACCCGGCCUCAGAGGACAACUGGAGCUGUCCAACAGUGCAGGUAUGUGCCUAUAUUCCCAUUGAACGGUUGCCGCUGCUGAACCAAGCUGAUGUUCUUGACGAUGAUGAGGAGGAAGAGGCUGGUACUCCCGGUGGCCGCAGCGUUGUAUCAGGAGCCAUCGCUGAGGGGCCUACAAGCACUUCCACUGUUGGUCAGCAUUUCUGGGUCCGCCACUUCAGUGAACAGUAA